AUGGCAGUAACAAGAAGCAACCACGGCAGAGAAGAAAAUUCGUCAGAUGAAACGCAGGCCACGGACCAGACCGGCGAUACAUCUGGUACAGGAGAGACGUCAGGCACAGGCGAGACGUCACGAACAGGCGAUACGUCACGCACAGGCGAGACGUCAGGCACAGGCGAGACGUCACGCACAGGCGAGACGUCAGGCACAGGCGAGACGUCGGGCACGGGCGAGACGUCAGGCACGGGCACCACCACAAGAACGCGCACUGCAACAGAAGCCAGCAUCGCCGGCACCAGCACGAAUGGGGGCCCAGCCGACACGUCGGGAAUCAGAGCAACGCCUGCAGUUAGCACCGUCGCCACACUCGUCGGGCGAGAUUCCGUCGAGUUAAUGCCACCGCCGCCAGUUCCCGCUAAGCCCGCUCGGUCACACCGAUCCAAGGCCUCCAGCAAGAGACUCCUCGCGGAGUUAGAGGCCAAGGAGAAGUUAGCCGAGCUGGAGCUGAAGCGCGUACAAGCCGAAACAGAACUAGCAAGAAUCAGACAACAAAGACUCGACCUCGCCUCGUCAAGGGAAGAGUCUGAAGAGGAAGAGGACCUUGCUCCACAACGCAUUGCCGAUUGGUUCAACCGCCGCCCAGAACAACCAACAGCGAUUGAAGAAGAGCCCGCCCAUGAAGAAGCACACGUGCCGGCCCCGCGCGCCACUAGAAAACACGCGCGGCCGGAGGCCCCUCGAGCCGCCCACGCCAUGGACGUGUCAUCGCUGACCGCCGCCCUAACAGAAGCCAUCCAAGCCGGCAAGUCCUACAGAAAAUACAUACCAGACCUGCCGACAUUCAGUGGCCUAUGCAACGAGUGGCUACAAUUUAAAGCCGCGUACGACGAGUCCGCCCCCAGUUUCGCCGCAAGUGAAAACGUCGCCCGUAUAAGAAAAAGCCUCAAGGGAGUAGCCUUGGAAGCCGUAAGCGCCCUCCUCAUCAGCCGGCCGCACCCCGAGGACAUCAUUAAAGCACUAGAAAGAAGAUACGGAAGGCCAGACGCAUUACUCGUCAACGAACUGGAGAAGAUGAAGGGACUGCCGCGACUCACCGACAGCCCGCGCGACCUGUGCAUAUUCGCCAGCAAGAUCGCAAACACUGUCACGACUAUCGAGAUAUUGAAGAAGCCUCAGUACCUCUACAAUCCAGAGCUACUGCGGUCGAUGGUCGAUAAACUCACGCCUAUACUUCGAAGCAAGUGGUACGACUACGCGGCCACGAGAGAAGAUACGCCCGAGCUUAAGAAGAUUGCCGACUUUCUAAACAACGAAGCCGACAAGUGCACGCCUUACGCUCCGCCUGAAAAUACGACGGAGAACAAAGAAGUGAGGACCGCAAGAAAGAAGCCCGAGCGAACGUACGCCGCUACCGCCGACACUAAGAAGCCAAGAGAGGAGAAGCAAGCGUGCCCACUAUGCGAACACGCUACUCACCAACUGCCGUCGUGCCCGCAAUUCAUCAAAAUUGACACGAACGAGCGCUGGGAAGUAGCGAAGAAACACAACAUUUGCUACCGAUGCCUCGCUAGCAAGCAUCGCCGCUUCGCGUGUCGUGCGAAGCCCUGCGGCCACCUGGGCUGCCCCAUGAGACAUCAUCGCCUACUACAUCACGAGAAGACGCCGCAACCAGUCGCCGCUGCGCAAGUCGAGCCACCACAACAACAUAAACCGGAAGAAAUAGUGGCCUCGGCAGUGAACACAGUCGCCUGCGCACAACCACGAACGAGCCGCGCCUACCUGAAGAUAGUGCCAGUAACACUGCGCGGCCCGCGAGCGACACUAGACACGUUCGCCCUAUUAGAUGAAGGCAGCACGGUGACAAUCAUCGACUCAGCACUGGCGGACGCACUCGGGCUAGACGGUCCCACUGAACCAAUGUGGGUGCAAGGCGUAGGCGGGAAAGAGAUGGAGCACAAUCAGAGCAGGAGGGUCGAGGUCUUCAUCAAGAAUAAGCACGACAGCCAAGAACAACGCAUAACGAACGCGCACACCGUCGGCAGCCUCGGCUUCACCACACAGUCGAUCGGCAUGGAAGAAAUAGACGGCUGCGCGCACCUCCGGGGUAUCAAGCACAAGUUAACCUACCGCGGUGCAACCCCACAAAUACUCAUCGGCCAGGACAACUGGGACCUGAUCGUGUCACGAGAAAUAAGAAAAGGCCGGCGCGGACAACUCGUCGCGUCGAGAACCCUACUAGGAUGGGUACUUCACGGCUGUCGCACCACAAAAGCGAAGCCGAUCGCCUACUGCUGCGCACAUCUCACUCGUACCGGGCCGACCGAGAACAUAGAAGAAACCAUGAAGAAUUAUUUCGCCCUCGAGUCUCUAUCAAUCGAGCCGAGGCGACCCCGUAGUGAUCCCGAACAACAAGCUCUACGCAUACUAGAAGAAAAGAGCCGCCGCCUACCCAAUGGCCGGUUCGAGACGGGGCUACUGUGGCGCAACGAAACAGAGAAGAUACCUAACAAUCGCACCGACGCACUCAAGCGGCUGCACACGCUCGAGAGGAAGCUGGAUCGUGACGCAAGCCUAAAGCAACAAUAUAACGAACGCGUCAACAACCUACUUACCUCAAACUACGCCGAGCGCGCGACAACGCCCCCGAGUGACAGAACGUGGUACUUACCUCACUUCGCAGUCUGCAAUCCAGAGAAGCCGAAGAUUAGACUGGUCCACGAUGCUGCGGCCACAUCACACGGUCGCAGCCUCAACGACAUGCUACAUACGGGCCCAGAUUUCCUACAAUCGCUACCCGGCGUCAUCAUGAAGUUUCGACAACAUAGCAUCGCAGUCUCAGCCGACCUGAAAGAAAUGUUCAUGCAGAUAAAAAUAAGAGAAGAAGACCGGGACGCCCUCCGCUUCCUAUGGAGGGGCGAUCGCCGCGAGGGAGAACCAGAAGAGUACCGCAUGACUUCCGUUAUAUUCGGCGCGUCAUCAUCACCGUGCACCGCCCUAUACAUAAAAAAUAGGAAUGCACAAGAACACGCGACACAGUACCCGCAAGCCGCGCGAGCGAUAGAACGAAAUCACUACAUGGACGACUAUCUACAAAGUUUCGACACAAUAGAAGAGGCAAGACAAGUAACAAGAGACGUCGACUAUGUGCACAAAAAAGCCGGGUUCCAGUUGCGAGGAUGGGCCACGAACGAAAAAGAAGCAAUAAGUAACGUCGUCGGCAGCGAAGAGCGAGAGGGAAAUACUGUCCCUAUCGGCGGGAGCGAGAUAGAAAAAACGCUCGGCCUGCUAUGGAACACAAAUGAGGACAGUAUCCGCUUUCGCCUCAAUACAAGAAGAGCGCAGCCCGAAGUAAUCAACGACCUGCGGCCUCCAACGAAGAGAGAAGCACUCAGUGUCAUUAUGUCAAUUUUCGACCCGCUCGGCCUCAUAUCACCAAUCACUACGCCGGCCAAGCGAAUCAUGCAAGACACGUGGCAACAUAGCACAGGCUGGGACGAAGCGAUACCAGAGCAGCUACACGAACGCUGGAGCGAAUGGCUACGACAACUUCGAGACCUAGGUACCCUAAAAAUACCUAGGUGCUACGACACUACGCCCGCCGCCACACACGAGCUGCAUACUUUCGUCGACGCCAGUGAAGAAGCCUACGCCGCCGCAGUGUAUUGGAGAAUGACGCGAGCCGACGGCUCAGUCAAGAUAGCCCUAGCCGCCGCAAAAAGUCGAGUCACACCCAGGAAACCGGUCUCCAUUCCUAGAUUGGAGCUACAAGCGGCCGUCCUAGGCGUACGGCUAGCAAAAACAGUCAUAGAAGAACACGAUUUCGAAAUCACUUCGAAAACAUAUUGGAGUGACUCUCGCACGGCACUGGCAUGGAUACGCGCCGAGCCCCGCACAUUCAAGACGUUCGUGGCACACAGACUCGCCGAAAUAGAAGACUGCACUAAGAAAAACGAGUGGAGAUGGGUACCGACAGCACACAACGUGGCCGACGACGCGACCCGCACCACCCCGGCAGAUUUCGACUCGCAACAUAGAUGGUUCACCGGCCCGCCCUUUCUCUAUGAACAAAAAGAGACUUGGCCCCACGAGAAUAAGGUCGAAGUUCCCGCGACCGGCGAAGAAAAAGAGACGUGCGCUGCGAUCGCCGUCCCUACGCAAGAUAAACACGCAGCUAUACCCGAGAUCGAACGCUUCUCAAAAUGGAUGCGGCUGCUGCGAGCGACCGCGCGCGUGCUACAGUUCAUCGACCUAGUGCGCCCUCAACCCCGCGCGCCCACCCCGCCCGCGACACAACUUAUCGCGGCGGCGAAGCGCAAGCGGACACGAGCGAACGCGGAACAAGACGGCGCAUGGAACAAACGCACGCAACACACGCGCGUGCCCGCCAAGAGUGCAGCUACCCAACCCCAAGAAGAGAAGAAAUACUUAACGCUAGAAGCCAAAUACCUAAACGCCGCCGAAAAGUUACUAAUACGCGCCUCACAAGAAGAUAGCUACGAGAAAGAGAGAAGGCGAAUAGCGAGCGGCCGUACGCCCGACAAGGACGACCGACUGGCCAAGCUGAGUGUUUAUAUGGACGAGGACUGUAUCAUACGACUACGGGGAAGAAUAGCGGCGGCCGGGAACAUACAAGAAGAGACAGUGCAACCAGUAGUGCUAUAUGGGAAGCAUCACUACACGAAAUUGUAUGUUUCUCAUGUGCAUGAACAAUUACAUCAUGGCGGUACGGAAAUAGUGGUGAACGAGUUGCGACAGCGAGUGCACAUAGUGAAAAUAAGGCCGACAGUGAAACAAGUGAUCGCUCAGUGUCCGAGAUGUCGACUACGUCGUGCGAAGCCCGCGGCCCCGGCCACUGGUGACCUACCGGCGGCACGCCUGGCGCAUCAUGUGAGGCCCUUUACCUACACGGGUCUAGACUACUACGGGCCGCAAGAAGUCACAGUGGGGCGUCACAGAGAAAAAAGGUACGUCGCGCUGUUCACAUGUAUGACGUCGAGGGCCGUACACCUAGAAAUGGUAGCCUCACUAAGCACGGACUCGGCCAUCAACGCACUACGCCGUUUCAUUGCCCGGCGCGGGUGCCCUACAGAGCUGUGGAGUGACAACGGGACCGCCUUCAGAGGAGCCAACCGCGAGUUGACGGAAGCCAUGAGAGACGCCGCCCACGCGCGCCGCAUAAACUGGCGUUUCCUACCCCCCGCCGCACCCUUCAUGGCGGGCGUGUGGGAACGUAUGGUGCGCACGGUGAAAGAAGCUAUGAAGGCCACCCUACAUGAAAAAUACCCGAGCGACGAGACUCUACAAACCCUACUGGCGGAGGCGGAGGCGACGGUCAACUCGAGGCCCAUAACCUACGUAGCGGUGAAUCCAGAAGACCCGCCGGCACUGACUCCAAACAUGAUCCUACUCGGGCCGGACUGCUACACCCCGGCUCCCGGCACCUUCGAAGAGAGCGACAUGAACGCGCGACAACACUGGAGGCGCGCCCAGCAGCUGGCCGACACCUUCUGGCAGCGCUGGGUUCGCGAGUACGCGCCGCUACUACAACACCGGCGGGAGCCCCACGGCGCAGGAGUCACCCCGGCCGUCGGCGAUGUCGUAAUAAUAUGCGACUCCAACCUCCCCCGCAACAUAUGGCCACGUGGAAUAGUGAAGCAGACGUAUCCGGGCAAGGACGGCGUGGUACGAGUCGUGGACGUCACCACCAGCAGAGGACACGUGCUGAGGCGGCCAACAAAGAAGAUCGUCGUGCUACCAGUGGGAUCGCAAGGCGACGGCGGGAGAAAUGUACACGACGCGCAUAUUGCUACAAUUAUUACAUCAAUUUACUCACCAAAAGAAGAUGCAAAAGGUCUCCUACUGGGAGGUCGCCUUUCGCCCGAUGAAUUGCUGUAUCAUCGAGACCUACACGACGGAUGUUCACUGGCUGGUUUGCCUGAUCUUCAACCGAAGGCUAAAAGCACCUUCGUUAUUACCAGCGCCGAUGACUCAGACCGAAAGGGCGAACAUUUGAAAUAUAAUCAAGAGUUUCUCUUAACACUCUCCAAGUCAGUGGACCAAAAGCCGUUAUACGUGCGUUUCGACCCGAACCCAAUCCCGGGUCUGUGUGGCAAGUUCCUGCUAUACCUGAGCGAGCACGCCGUGUCCAACACUCGUUGGAGAGUGCUGCCGGUCCGAACCCCUAAUAUAACGCGCUUUGAACAGGAGGGAAAACCGGUUCCUAGGAUCUGGGAUGACGUUCAGUCCAAAAUUCUGUACGACGACCUUCUUAGCCACAGCACUGGUUCAGAACGUGCCAGACUCUUGGCGGUGGGGACUAAAGAGGCCGGGGCCUGGUUGCACGCUUUUCCUUCGGUGCACACCGGUACUUUUUUGGAACCCAACACCAUGCGCGUGGCAACCUGCUUGCGGCUGGGUGUCCGUGUCUGUGCUCCUCACCGGUGCCCUUGUGGUGCUGAUGUCGAUAUGCAAGGCCACCACGGGCUUUCGUGCCAGAAGAGUGCGGGGCGUUUCUCCAGGCACUCGUCUCUCAACGACAUCUUGCGACGCGCGCUCGCCAGCGCUAACGUGCCGGCUUUGCUGGAGCCUUCCGGCGUCCUCAGGGACGAUGUAAUUGGCAAACCGCAAAAGAAAAACCAGGACUGGUUCGACGCUUCUGACGCGGAUAUCCGGAAACUUGUUGACGAUUUCAGACGCUCCCUACGUACUAAUGAUACCGCUGAAAGAAAUAAGGCACACCUAAGUCUGAAGCUAAAGGGUAUCUUUGGACCAAAAUCGCAGAAAAUAGCACCUAUCUACAACAAAGAUAAGAGCUCCCGACUGACAGAGCAGUGCGACAUUCUUAACCGAUGGGCAGAGCAUUUCAGUGAUGUUCUAAAUCCUCCAACCCAGACCACUGACUUACUAUACAUCGAGGCAAUUGAAAAUUUACCCACGCAAGAUGACCUUGCCAAUCCUCCAUCAUUUGUCGAACUCAAUGCAGCAAUAAAUAGACUAAAGAACUCCAAGACACCAGGGCUGGAUAGCUUGCCGUCAGAAUUAUACAAAUAUGGCGGACCUAACAUUAAAAGCAGACUGUUCGAUCUCGUCACGAAGAUAUGGGAACGUGGAAUCGUGCCGCAAGAUUAG